AUGGCACUAAACCACACUGCCCUGCCCCAGGAUGAGCACCUGCCACACUACCUCCGAGAAGGGGACCCCUUUGCUUCCAAACUUUCCUGGGAAGCGGAUCUAGUGGCUGGCUUUUACUUAACAAUAAUUGGGAUUCUGUCCACAUUUGGAAAUGGAUAUGUCCUUUAUAUGUCUUCUAGACGAAAGAAGAAGCUGAGACCUGCGGAAAUAAUGACUAUCAAUUUAGCAAUCUGUGAUCUGGGCAUUUCAGUUGUAGGCAAACCGUUCACGAUCAUCUCUUGCUUCUGUCACCGCUGGGUGUUUGGCUGGAUUGGCUGCCGUUGGUACGGAUGGGCUGGAUUUUUCUUUGGCUGUGGAAGUCUCAUCACCAUGACUGCUGUCAGCCUGGAUCGGUAUCUGAAAAUCUGCUAUUUAUCGUAUGGGGUUUGGCUGAAAAGAAAGCACGCCUACAUCUGCCUGGCAGUCAUCUGGGCCUAUGCUUCCUUCUGGACCACCAUGCCCUUGGUAGGUCUGGGGGACUACGCACCUGAGCCCUUCGGAACCUCGUGCACACUGGACUGGUGGCUGGCCCAGGCCUCCGUGGGUGGCCAGAUUUUCAUCCUGAACAUCCUCUUCUUCUGCCUCUUACUCCCAACGGCUGUGAUCGUGUUCUCCUAUGUGAAGAUCAUUGCUAAGGUUAAGUCCUCCUCUAAAGAAGUAGCUCAUUUCGACAGCCGGAUACAUAGCAGCCAUGUGCUGGAAAUGAAACUGACCAAGGUAGCAAUGCUGAUUUGCGCUGGCUUCCUGAUUGCCUGGAUUCCUUAUGCGGUGGUCUCUGUGUGGUCAGCUUUUGGAAGGCCAGACUCCAUCCCUAUACAACUCUCUGUGGUGCCAACCCUCCUUGCAAAAUCAGCAGCAAUGUACAACCCCAUCAUUUACCAGGUCAUUGAUUACAAAUUUGCCUGUUGCCAAACUGGUGGUUUGAAAGCAACUAAGAAGAAAUCUUUGGAAGACUUCAGGCUGCACACUGUAACCACAGUCAGGAAGUCUUCUGCUGUGUUGGAAAUCCAUCAAGAGGUAUGA